GGCUCGCACGGGCGGCCAUUUUGGGUCCACCUCCUCCGCUGUUUCCUACGCGUGACCUUCGUCCCGUUUGAGCCGCGAUGUCGCCAGUUUCCCCGUGAGCCCGUAACGAAGCCCAGUAGACGCGAAAAAACAGCGCCAUUUCUGUCGGCGUCCAUGAUACGCUAUGCUACCGCAGCGGAUUCCAGAGCCGGAGCUCGGAUCGGCAGCGGGAGGAAAGUAACCGCUCCGCCUUUUCGCCGCUCCGCGUUACUUCAGCCCCGCGGCAGGUUGUGCUGGAGAAGUAAAAUGGCCUCCUGUGACUGAGACCAAACACUUAGUGUUUUCCUCAGCAGCUGAACUGUCUCAGCAGCUUAAGCCAUGCCUGACGACGACUAAAGACCCCCCCUUUUGCUCAAAGCAAUAAUCAAAAAUAAAAAAAAAAACAAAAAAAAAACAAACAAAUCCCCUAUGCCUCUUCAUUGCACCUUACUGGAGUGACUGCCCUGCCUUGGUCCCCAUCCUCUUCCAUCCUGCUCCACCAAAACCACACCACAAAAUGAAGCGGCUGUACCUGAGAAUGGCCCACACCUGAGGUCCCAUGCGUCCCAUGAACACCGACUCGGACGGCCCUGCUCCUCCUGAACACACCUCCUGCCCCUUCCCCCUCGUGGGCCCCCUGCCGGCCUCAGAGAUGUCCCUGCUCCAGUCGCUGGGGCCAGUGCAGAGCUGGCUCGGCCAGGAGCUGGAGAAGUGCGGGAUUGAUGCUAUGAUCUACACCCGCUAUGUCCUCAGCCUCCUUCUGCACGAUAGUUAUGACUAUGACCUGCAGGACCAGGAGAACGACAUCUUCUUAGGCUGGGAGAAAGGAGCUGGGAAGAAGUGGGGCAAGAGUAAGAAGAAAGGUGUGACUGACCUGAGUCUGGAGGAAAUGAAGAAACAGGCUGCUGUCCAAUGCCUCCGCUCUGCUUCUGAUGAGAACUCUGGAAUCGAAAGCUUGGUCGAGGAGCUCUGUUCUAAACUAAAGGACAUCCAGAACAAACAGAAAGAAGCCAAGCAGAUUCAAAAGAAAUCUGAUGGAGCCCAGUCACCAGAGCGUUCUGACUCUCCCUCCUCAAAGGACCAGGUGGAAAUGUAUUAUGAAGCCUUUCCUCCUCUGUCAGAGAAACCCGUCUGUCUCCAGGAGAUCAUGACAGUUUGGAAUAAGACAAAGGCCUGUGCAUAUUCAAGUUCAUCAUCAGCAGCACCGCAGACCAGCACAGACACUUCCUCCCCCAAAGAUUGUAACAGCGACGGCGAAGCAGUGAAAGAACAACAUCUGGAGGCAUGUGGCUCCACGAACACCGCGACAACCGAGAAAGGUCAACAACAGCAACGACGGAGCAAAAAGGAGAAGGAGAACAGGUACCAGAGCGGGGCAGCGGCGGAGGAGCGCCCUUCGAAGAGGCAGAUCAGGCACAGGUCCGAGGGCAAGUACAGGCCCCGAUCGUGGUCCUCUGGCUCCAGUGAGGCGGGCUCCAGCUCCAGCGGCAACCAGGGAGAGUCCAAGACACCCAGGAGCAAAGCAGUCCGGGUCCGGCACAAGUCCAGGGAGGCUAUCAAAAACAGAAGAACCCGUAACAGUGGGCAGGCUAAGACCCAGGUGAAGGUCUCUGAGAAAGAUGAGAGGAGAAAUGCAGGGAGCAGCAGCAGUGCGAACGGGGGCGCUACCAAACAACCACAGCUUUACAAAAGGGGGAAAAGACCGCUGAAAGAGAUCCGCAAAGAGACAGGCUGGGUGGAAGCAAAGGAGUUUGGACUGGAGGGCCGCAAAGAAUACAUGGAGGAGCCGCUGUGGUACACUGAGCCCAUCACAGAUUAUUUUAUACCUUUCAGCAGCAGACAAAGCAAGUUGGAAACAAAGUACCGGAGCAAGGUUGACUCUCCAGAAGGGUUUGCCAUGUUAGCCGAUAUAGAUGGGCUCCCUAAAAGAUUCCAGGGUAUCUGUAUCGCUGAUGAGAGCUACCAGACGGCAUAUUUAGCUGCUGGCUCAUUCGUGGAUGGGCAUUUUGUUGAAGGGCCUUGCGAAGCAGAAGAUGAAACUGCUGAAUUCACUGGGACCUCAAGCUGCCCUCAGCCAGAGGAUAGUACAAAUUUAGAUGACAAGCAUCUGCCAGAAUUCACUCACUUCUAUGAAGUUGAUAUUUAUCAAUCCAUAUUGGAUACUAGUGCCUCAGACUCAAUACAAGAGAGUCGAAUCUUAAGUAUGAUUCGACAAAAAAGUAAUGAGCAAAGAGACAUGGAGGCAGAAUGUUUAGUGUUAGAUGGCCUUGAGCAGCAAGGGGAAAGUGCAAUAAGGGCAGACUCACAAGAUGCUUCAUGUUCUGUCGGGUUCUUAAUGCAGGAUCUAGAAAACUUGGCGCAAGUCUGGGGAUGUUAUUCACCAUCUACUUCAGAUGAUAUAGAUGGAGAGAGCUAUAUCGAAGACUCUCCCAUUCGACUGUCUCCACUUCUGGACAGUGUUUCUUUUACUCUGAGCAAGUUCUCUGCAAACCCUGAAGAGCCAUUUGUCCCUGAAGCCACCAGUGAAGUUUCUGGUCUAAACACAUCCUGCUUCUCACUGUUUGAGCUGCAGUAUGACAGCCCCACGCUUCCCUUUCCCCGCGAUGCACUCACUGCAGGUCACGAAAACACCGAUUCGAGUAGCUGUCUCGACCCACAUUCUAACAAACAGUCUCGUUUGCUAAUAUGGACCAAAAAUAGUGCCUUUGAUGAAACAGAACACUGUUCGAACCUUUCAACGCGAACUUGUAGUCCAUGGUCUCAUUCAGAGGAGACUCGCUCUGACAACGAGCAGGGCAACGCUCUGGCUGAAGACGCUGCUCAAAUUGGAAAUGAGGAAAUCGAUUGUAUAAUGCCCCCUCUUUCCGGUACAUAUCUAGAGGAUGAAAUCUUGGAUUUUUUACAAGAGGACUCUAGCCGAAAACAUGAGGAUGUAAAGGUCAGUGCUGCACCCAGCCAUACCAAAAAAUCUAAACUAGAAUCCGUAUGUGGCAUAGCCUUGGAGGAGGAUGACUGCAAGCAGUACAGCGGUGGCAUGUUUUCAGACACAAACCAACAACGCGACGACUACAGCUCAGGGAUAAUCAAAGACAUUUGGACUGCAAUAGGAGAAGACGACUCUGUAAGGUCAAGGCAAAAAAACGAAAAUGCAAGCGAGGGACUGUUCUCAGAAGAAUCUAGUGCUUAUUGUUGCAGUUGUCUGGAGGUACAAGCUAAAGGAACUCCGCUUCAAGGAGCUCAGAAAAAAGCCGUGCAGCGCUCAGAGUAUCACUUAUGGGAGGGAAACAAAGAUGAGCAAGACUUGGCCAAAAACAAACUCUCCAAGGUCAAUAACUCUGGGGAUUAUAUGACGCCGUCCAAACCCUGGGACGUCCACACUGACCGAGAGAACUCGUCCUUCAUUUUAGGAGGGGUGUAUGGAGAGUUGAAGACACUAAGUUCUGAUAAGAGCUGGGCUGUUGUUCCUCCGACUCCCGGCCAGCCCAGUCUGCUCCAGUGUGCUGCUGCGGCUGCUUCAGGCUCAGACAUGCUCACCAUCACCGGCACUGAUGUCUUCAUGAACACAAGCAGCUGCUUUGCUCCGGGACACCGGCCCCUGUGGAGGCCUCUAGUGUCUUUCGGCCACAGUGACCAGGCCAUCCGAGGAGGAGGCGACGCCAUCAAUAAGGGGUUCUCUUUCAUCUUCCAUGAAGAUUUGCUUGGAACAUGCGGCGGGCUGUACGGUGAGGAGCAGGGUCUGGGAUACCCUUUUGCGCCCUUCAACCUAAACAAUCCCUUCUCCCAAGUCCUCCAUGUAGAGUGUUCUUUUGAGCCCGAGGACAUCGCUUCAUUCAGCCCAGGCUUUAAGCCCAAGUCCAUUCUCUGCUCUGACUCUGAGAACGAAGCCUUCCACCCGCGCAUCUACGGCAUCAAUCGAACACAAUACAGGGCCAUCCGCAUUUCCCCCCGCACUCAUUUCCGCCCCAUCUCAGCCUCAGAACUGUCUCCCGGAGAAGUAAGCGAUUCAGAGGCUGAAACGGACAAAGAGGAAAUGAGCUAUCCCGCCCUGGCUCCCGCGGACGUCUUCGAGGAUCCACAGGCCGACCUCAAACCUCUGGAGGAAGAUGCUGAAUGUGAGGGCCCUUAUUAUGGCAAGUCAGAACUGGAAUCUGGUAAAUUCUUACCAAGAUUAAAAAAGUCUGGCAUGGAGAAGAGUGCCCAGACCUCUUUGGAUUCCCAGGAGGGCUCCAGCACCCUCUUGCCCAUUGCUGAGCAGGAGAUCUGCUCAGACUUCACCACAGCUGCGGCGUCGGGAGGUGAACACGCAGACACCUCAGCCCUGAAGAUGAAUAAAGAGGAAUCUUCAGGGGAAAAGCAGUCCAGCCUGUGUGCUCCGACCGGUCACAUCCCAAAAUACGGGAUCGCUUAUGACUUUGUUGGAGAUCUGCCAGAGUUCCCCCUGUUAAAUAUUGGGGGCCAAGGAGGAACUGGCAGUCACCAGGAGGAGCGCUGGUGGCAGAACACACUCUGUUCCCAUUUUCCCUGGAUCUCAGUGUACAGGGAGCAGCAACAUUUGAAGUCUCCCCUGCUACAGAAGAGGUCUGUUGCUGAGGGGCAUUCCUCUUUUGAGACUGGAUCACUACCAGCAAAGGUGUAGGGUCAUCUCAGAAUCAAUAUCCUCAUGCAGGUUAAUAUUCUGAGACGCUCAUUUAAAAACCUUGCCGUACCUUGCUGGGCUUUCAUUUACUAACGUAAUCCUUGUGUAAUCAACAAUCAGAUCAAAAAGUGAGUGAAAAUAGGAAAACAAAAAAUGUGUUAUGUGUUUGAGUGAAACAUUGUGUGGGACAUCCAUUUUUAAAAACUAGUUCAGUUAUUUCUUUUCUCUACACUGGUCCUCAUUCAGACCUCAGUCGGCUGUUCGGGAAAAUCCUCCGUUCUGUCCUUGUCAGUUUGGUUCCCACCGUUUUUACUUUUGAACUAGGAUUUUUUUGCUAGUUGGUUGUGUCUGAAUGGUUGUGCAUGUAUGUCCGUCCAGUUGCACUCUUCUCGUGGUGAAUCUACUUUGCGGGGGGAAAAAACACGACCGCGUCCUCCAUCCUCCACCUCACGCUCAGAAAGAAAAGAAAGAAAAGAAAGCAAACGCACGGCUGAGGUUCUCGACACGUUUUCAGUUCAGAAGUUUCUACGUUUUUGGUUUUUUUUUGACCGUGAGGUUGAGAAUGAGCGUAGCUUUCUAUCUGUAAAUCCCCCGGUGUGACAAGUGAUCAUCAAAGAGUCUGAUUUUUUUGAAUGGUGAUAGUCUUUAAUAAGCUAGUAGUAUAGUAUGGUUUGUAAGACUAAACAAAAAUAUAAUAAAAAGUACAAAAACACAAGAUGAAAAUGUUUUGUUGGCAGAAUACUAAUCUACUCAAAUGCAAUGCUGUAAAAUCUGAAGAUUCAGUUUCGGGGCUUAAAAACCCUCCAUCAAAAUAAGCCAUUUCUUUGCUGAUAAUUGUUUUGCAAUGCUAAAUGAAAGUUUCAGUGAUUUUACUUUCGGGAAUUUCUACGGUACAGACUCUUGGUGCUAUGUUAAAUACAUCUCUGACGUUACCAUUGCAAAAUCGAGCGGAGGGCAUAGCAUUUUUUUUUUUUCCGCGGCCCGUCUCGCGAUCUCGAGUGGGUUUGUUUUAGAAUCUGACAGUUUUUUUGUUUUUUUUUCUUCUUCAGUGCAAAAAAAAUCCGCGCGAAGGUUUACCAAAAAACGAAUCACACGGCAUUACGAGAAAUGCUUUAAAUUCAACGAAACUUUCAUCGACGUAUCGUGAGUGAGUGCGCUUCUAGAAACGACUAAAUUUAACAAAGCGACGUCGGAAAUGUUCACUACAGAAUAUGGUCGGUGUGGAAAAGACCUAUUUGAAUAUUUAUUAAAAUCUUACGUUGCGUGUUUCAGAGGAAAACGCUUAGAAAAGGGUUUGGAGAAAAAAAAAAAUUUGUGUAGCAGCUGGUGCCCUUUAGUAUGUUUUAAAAGGAAAAUAAUCUACACUUUUACAGAGUUCAGCGUUGUCUGAUAUUUUAUUUUCUAUCGCAAUUCAAAAUCUACAAACGGCGGAGGCAGUUCAAACCAAAAAAAAAAAAAAAUCCAACGUUUCCUUUGCUUCUUCUCUUAUGGGGUGUGUGUUUUUUAUUUUUUAUUUUUGGUUUACAUUGUGUUGAACUAUAGCGUCAUGUCGUGUGUGCUUCGGAGUUCAUCUUAUUCAGGCUAUGGUUCGAAGUUGCGUAAUUUGUGCAGAUGUACCCCUUUAAUUUGAUCGGAAAAAACGCCCCCCCCCCACCGGACGCUUCGGGGGGGGGGGCGUGAAGCUUUUGUCGUCGUCACUUAUGCACAGUUUCGCGAGUGAGAGCGUUUUCUCUUUUUUUGCUUCCAUCUGAAAACGGUAAAAGCAGCUGUUUGUUUUUUUGUUGUUGUUUUUUUUCCCGAACGAACCGGGAAGCAGUUGCGAAAAAUCUGUACUGACUCUGCAUUGUUACAACGAGGAUGAAAGCACAGGGAAAAUCCGUUUUCUCAUCGAGCAGUAAUCUAACAUUUUUCCAAUGCACUGUCACAGGACUUUUCGUUCGGUUGUUCUUUUUUUCUUUUUUCUUUUUUUUUUCCCCCCGAAAGCGGACGGCGCGUUCGGUCGGAGUCCAGAUCUGGGGGAAAAAAAAAAAAAAAAAAAAACGACUAAAACUUACCGCAUCAAACACUCAGGAACUUUUUACAUGCAUAUAGUCCUAGUUUUACAUUCAUAUUCAUUCCUGUGAUGGUGCAUUGGCGUUUUUUUUUCUUUUUUUUUUUUUUUUCGUUUUGUUUUUAUUUCGUUUUGCGGAGAGUAGAAGUCGGCGGCGGCGAAACUCAUCCGUCAUUUCGACUUGUAGUUCUGGACGGGGAAAAAAAUUCAAGCCAUCGUCUGUUGCAUAUAACGAUGCGAGGGGAGUUCAAAACCCCGAGUCCUAUGCAAUACCUUGGCGCAUGUACAAAAAAAAAAAAAAAAAAAAAAAAAAAAACUAUAUAAACGUCAUCUGGGUGAGCUCGCAUGUACUUUUUGAGAGGCGGGAGAUAAAAACCCUAAAUAAAUCUGCGGAACGUCUCAAAACGUGCAGCAUGCAAACGUCACACUCCAUUUUUUUUGGUUUGGCUGAAGUAUAUUUUUGACGAGGAGAAAUAUUCGAGAGUUUGAAACGACGGCGCGCGUGGUUUCUGUCCGUGAAAAUGUGCGAAAUUGCAAAAGGCACACAGAGACCGGAGCGGCUCGGAAUUCUGUGUCACCUCACCAGUUUUUAAAUUCUUCCAUAGAAAGCCUGUGUGGAAAUUGUAUGCAGAGAAUGAGGUUUGAAUGACUCAGAGGUUGCUUGCUCUGUAGUUUCGAAGUACAUCAUCCAACACUGAAAAGGAAUUUUGUCUUUACUUUUCCCAUUUUAGACGAGGCUCCUUCAACCUCCCCAUCUCUCUGUUCCUUGAAACAUCUGUUCCCAAUAGCAGUGUUGUUCUAAUUUCAUGUACACCACGAGUAAAUUAUGUUCCAUUGUGAAUUUCUUUAACAUCUAAUAAAAAAUAUAAACCAAA